UUGUCCACCCCUUCGGGGGCGCAUCUAUUUUUAGCAUCAGCUGUUGCAAUACAAAGAUUAGCUACUCGGCGUAUUGUUUCGUAGAUGUGGGCAGUUCACUCUCGUCUGAGGCGAAAGGGCGGCGGUGGUUUGAAGUCGAGCUGGAGGAUGAGGAGAAACAUGUCGGUGUGAGGACACGUCGCCGUUGCGCCAGAGGGAAGCUCGUUGUAGCCAGCCAGGUGCGUCUCGUCAGCCACCUGCUAUCCUACCUACUUCCCACCUUUACCGCCACUGUAGAGGGUAGCCAUGGCAACCAGCGCCGUGCCAAGUGACAACCUGCCAACGUACAAGCUGGUGGUGGUGGGGGAUGGGGGUGUCGGGAAGAGUGCCCUCACCAUCCAGUUUUUCCAGAAGAUCUUCGUGCCAGACUACGAUCCCACGAUUGAGGACUCGUAUCUUAAACACACAGAAAUAGACGGACAGUGGGCCAUACUGGACGUACUGGACACAGCCGGUCAGGAGGAGUUCAGUGCAAUGAGGGAGCAGUACAUGAGGACGGGAGACGGCUUCCUGAUCGUCUUCUCGGUGACGGACAAGGCCAGCUUUGAACACGUUGACCGAUUCCAUCAACUCAUACUACGGGUCAAAGACAGGGAGGCCUUCCCCAUGGUGCUGGUCGCAAACAAAGUGGACUUGGUCCACCUAAGAAAAGUCACAACUGACCAGGGGCAGGAGAUGGCUGCAAAGCAUAAUAUAACUUAUAUUGAAACCAGUGCCAAGGACCCCCCAAUGAACGUGGACAAAGCCUUUCAUGAACUGGUUCGUGUUAUAAGACAACAGGUCCCAGAGAGAAACCAGAAGAAGAAAAAGAAGAUGAAGUGGAGGGCGGAGCGUUCCACGGCCUCCCACAGGUUCCACUGCGCCAUAUUGUGACCAAGCUCAUUAUCUCCAUCAUCUAUCACACACGCGCGCGCACACACACACGCACACACACACCAACAAACCUUUGGAUGUCAGGGAACUCCCCAGCAGUGGUCAAACUACGGGAGCACAAAAGGGACUGGGGGUUGGUUGAGGAAUGACUCGAUGGAUCCAGGAAGGAUGAAAUUGAUCUGAAAUGUUGGACUCGGCCCCUCACGAUGCCUCGGACUGAGUGCUACGCCUGCCCCCCUCACUAUAUGGUCCUUUUCAAAGGUUUUUCUUCUUUCUUUGAGAACCUCUCCCCAUCUGUACUCGUCCCUGAAAUGCAUAGUUAUCUAAUUUAUGAACUUACUAUGAAACGUGGCACAAGACGACAAACUGUCCGGGAAAGACAGAGGUCAGAAUCACCUUGAACUUGGAACCUUUUGUCCUCUUGAGCAAGGGAAGGAAAAGCAGCGGUGUUUGUGGUUUUGACUCCCAGCAGUCUGUCCCCACGCACCUUCAAUUCCGGUGGGAAAAGCUCCGACGUGAUGCCCGACGAGGCCGGCUUUGGAUCUCUGUUCUCUUUCUGCAGAGCGGACGAAGCCGAGAGUGGUGACAAUAGAUGUUGUGCAGUGUCGUCGAUACGUGGACGGUGAGCCCAGUGAGUAUAGUGAGCGUGAACAUUGUGGUGAUGUGGUUUGGAAAUGUCAGUUUGGAGGGCGGCGAGAGGGCAAGUGAAAGAAACGUGUCAUAUGUGUCAGUGAAUGCUACGAGCAGAUCAGCAAGUGUUUGAUUAUUGUUAAAGAGAAUACUGAGACCGGUUGGCGUGGCGAUCUGUUAAAGGCCUUGUUUACACUCUUACGCGGGACUAGUUUCUCACGUGCAAACAGACGGCACCAGGAGCCACUUUGUCUCAAAGUGUUUGACGGUUGGUUCGGUUGCCUCUUCAGUCGUCGUCGUCGGUAACGAGUGCAAUCUGUUAAGUACUGUACGAUCAGCUGUCCUGAUACUUUUCUUUUCCUCCCAUGUUUUUAAUAGCUGAAAUAUUACAGAAAAAUAUGAUUAUAUUUGAUAUUAAAAACACAAACUGUGGCAAUGUAAACAGAUUCAGUGCUGUUUUACAGAAGCUCUCCAGGAAAGUCUUAAUGAAAUAGAAUAAGGGAUAACGAGAGCUUCGUGAUUUGCGCUGGCCACUAACCAAAACCAUGUGAUGUCACUUUAUUUCAGUCUCGAGGCUGUUCAGACUGCACCACUGAAUUCAGGACUACGUCAUAAGAUAAAUCUGUGUGGGGGGGGUAAAAACGGUAACCUGGGAAUGUGUCGGCGGCGCGGCGCUCCCAGGGCUGAAAGCCAUGUUAGCUUAGCCACAGACCACGGUUAGGUGUAGGGAAACUGCACACUAGAAGCAACAACACGCUCAGUGACUCGGUGCUCGUGGUCGUGCGGUGGAUAGGGAUGUACAGUUUAAUAAUAUACGAAAUGGCUCGUACUGUUAACGCACUAAAGUUUCAGCUGACACUUUGCUCUCUGGAUGAAUACGGACUCUUGAAGGAAGGAGUGCAUCUUUUUUUUUUUUUCUUUUUGCACUUUUAAUACGAUUUCUCACUUUCCUAUCGGCAUGUUGUUUUCUUUCUGAAUCAGUAAUAGAAGCGAGGAGCACGGUAACAACGUCUGAAUGUAAAAAUAGGGAAAACGAAGCGAGCUGAUAGGUGUCGUAACGCUGUGUGCCUGUUGCCUCCGUGGUGAUUGUAACAGAGUAAAACUAGGAUGGGACUUAAAAAUAUUCAAAAGGUAUUU